AUGGCGGCCGAUGGGGGUGCACGAACCCAACAGGCAGGUGGGGACGGAGGUGGGGACUUGGGAAUCGGCAGCAGUGAGGUGGUGCUUGAUGUGAGGGACCGGUCUGAGAGCCCCCAGCCUAGCUGCUCUGGGUACUUCCCAGAGGAAACAGUGGACGACGAAAUCCCAGGACCAUCAGCCCCCUGGGUAGAGCCCAGUCCCCAACUUCAGUCCCGUGGCCGGAAGAGGGUCUGGUCAGAUGCGUUCGAGGAAGACUCCGCUCCAGAGCCUGAAGACGCGUGGGUGGUAGAAUCACUGUGCGGCUUGAAAAUGAAGUUGAAGAGGCAGAGGGUGUCGUCUGUCCUUCCCGAGCACCAUGAGGUGUUCAACAGGCUACUUGCCCCCUGGGUAGAGCCCAGUCCCCAACUUCAGUCCCGUGGCCGGAAGAGGGUCUGGUCAGAUGCGUUCGAGGAAGACUCCGCUCCAGAGCCUGAAGACACGUGGGUGGUAGAAUCACUGUGCGGCUUGAAAAUGAAGUUGAAGAGGCAGAGGGUGUCGUCUGUCCUUCCCGAGCACCAUGAGGUGUUCAACAGGCUACUUGAGGAUCCCGUUGUUAAAAGUUUCCUGGCCUGGGACAAGGACCUGAUGGUGUCUGACAAGUAUCUCCUAAGCAUGGUCAUUGCCUACUUUAGCCGGGCUGGCCUCUUCUCCUGGCAGUUCCGACGGAUUCACUUCUUCAUCGCCCUGUACCUGGCCAAUGACAUGGAGGAGAACAACCAGGCCCCUAAACAAGCCAUCUUCUCGUUGCUCUAUGGGAAGAACCGCUCCGAGCGCCCCUUGUUUCACAAACUCCAAUUUCAAUUCAUCCGAUCCAUGGGCUGGAGGACAAGGGUUUCCCGGGAAGAGUGCGAGGAGAUCCAGGCUUAUGACCCGGAGCACUGGGUGUGGGGGCGCGACCGGGCCCUGCUCCCCUAG